GGGCAGGACUUCUGCAGAUCUGUGCUGGGACUUUUAAUCCAGAUGUCACCGUUUGCAGACACAUUAGCCCCAGGGCGCCAGCGGGAAAAGGGAGACAAUUUCGAGGGGGCUGGCGGGACGGGAGCAGCAGCGUAGCUGGAGAGUCCGCUCCACGCCGGCCGCCGCCUCGCCCAGGUCCCGCCCUCGGCCCGUCGGUGCCGUCCCGGCGAGUCCCCGGCGCGGCCAUGAGCAAGCAGAGCGUGCGCACCGCCGCGCUCGUCCUGUGCAUCCUGUCCUACCUGCUCGUCGGUGCCGCGGUCUUCGACGCGCUCGAGUCCGAGGCGGAGCGCGGCCGGCAGCAACUGCUGGCCCAGAAGCGAAGCGAGUUCCGGAGGAAGUACGGCUUCUCAGCCGAGGACUACCGCGAGCUGGAGCGCCUGGCGCUGCAGGCCGAGACGCACCGCGCCGGCCGCCAGUGGAAGUUCGCCGGCUCCUUCUACUUCGCCAUCACCGUCAUCACCACCAUCGGGUACGGCCACGCCGCGCCAGGCACGGACUCGGGCAGGGUCUUCUGCAUGUUCUACGCGCUCCUGGGCAUCCCCCUGACGCUGGUCACCUUCCAGAGCCUGGGCGAGCGGCUGAAUGCGCUAGUGCGGCGCCUCCUGCUGGCGGCCAAGCGCUACCUGGGCCUGCGGCGGCCGCGAGUGUCCACCGAGAACAUGGUGGUGGCCGGGCUGCUGGUGUGCGUCGCCACCCUGGCCCUCGGGGCCGCCACCUUCGCGCAUUUUGAGGGAUGGACCUUCUUCCACGCCUACUACUACUGCUUCAUCACCCUCACCACCAUCGGCUUCGGCGACUUCGUGGCGCUGCAGAGUGACGAGGCUCUGCAGAGGAAGCCGCCCUAUGUGGCCUUCAGCUUCCUCUACAUCCUGCUGGGGCUCUCGGUCAUCGGCGGCUUCCUCAACCUCGUGGUCCUGCGCUUCCUCGCCGCCAGCUCCGACACGCCCGAGAGUGCUGCCCGCCGCGUCAGCCCUUUCCGCCGGGGGGCGCCCAAGAGCCGCGGCCUAGACCGGCCCCGCCGCGUUGCCGGCGUCCGGGCCGACACCUGGGUCGCGCACCGCAUCCUCCAGCUGCAGAUGCCGGCCUGUGACAAUCCAGGCUUCUCCCCGCCUUGGAGUCCCACGGCUGUGCGCGGUGGCAGGGCAGACAGGCCCCGCGCCAGGCGGAAGUCCGUCUGAUCCAGCCGUAACUGGCUGGGCUCCAGCUGCAUGGGAGCAUGGGAGGGUCUGAUUUCACCUUUCAGGGCACCCCAGGGCCUGGAGCGGGGUGAGGGGUCUCGGGGCUGUCUUGGGGUGAGCAUCUUCGGUGACUCUUCCCCUUCCUCCCAGCCCCUCCAGAAAUGUACCAAUGCCGUCUCAGAAGCA